GUAAAUAUGGAACCUCAGUGCGAGUUCUGUGGAGUGGAGAAAGCGAUUGUUUACUGUAAAUCUGAUUCGGCGCGUCUCUGUUUGCAUUGCGAUUACAUCGUUCAUUCGGCUAAUUCAUUAUCACGACGCCAUCUUCGAUCGUUGCUGUGCGACAAGUGCAAUGCUCACCCUGCCAUUCUGCGCUGUAUGGAUGAUAAAGUCUCCCUCUGUCAGGGCUGUGACUGGAGCGCCGAUGAUUGUUCUUCCCUUCCCCAACGCACUCACCUUCUUCAUUCUUACACUGGUUCCCCUUCCACGUCUGAGUUCUCCAGGAUUUGUACUUCCCUUCUCGAUUCCACUUCUUGUAACACUGCCUUCGACGCCACCGCUGAUUGGACCUCGCUUACGACGCCUUAUGUUAUUGCCGAUUCCAUCGAUUUGACGGACGUUGAAGCUCCCUCUGCCGCUGAAAAUUUGAACGACGUUCAAACUUGCUCUAAGUUUGAGACCUGGAUCGCCGAUCCUGCUUCUGCGUCUCCUGAGAAUCCUUCUUAUCAACCGGAUUUUCUUUCCGAUGACUCGAAUCUUCCAAAGGAUGCUGAAACCAAUGAAAAUAAUGAUAUAUGUGAGAGUCUGAAUCUUGGCGAUGUUUCUCUUCACUUGGAAAAUGGGGAAGGGUUGUUUGACUCUCCGAAAGAUGCAAUGAAAUUCGAGUUUGAUGCUGGAGAAUUGGAGUGUCUUCUAAUUGACAGAAACUUUCCGGUCACUGAAUCUAAUGUUCCUGUUGAGGACACUAUCGAGGCCUCAGAUUAUACGGGAUUUCAAUCAGCUGAAGUCGAUAUUUCCAUGAACAUGAUUCGAAACGGCAAUUCAAAUUGCACGCUUAUAAAUCCUAGUUGCAAAGGAAAUUUCAACAUUGGAUUUCCUACUGCUCAGGUUCAUUCAAGUAUAUCAGUUUCACUGUCAAAUAUCACUGGCGAAAGCAGUGGUGCAGAUUAUCAAGAAUGUGGUUUAUCGCCGGCGUUUUUGACUGAAACCUCAUGGGAUCCUAGCAUGGAAGCUAUUGGUCCACUAGCAAAGGAUCGGAAUAGGGAUAAAGCUAAGAUGAGAUACAAUGAAAAGAAGAAAACAAGAACAUUUGGAAAGCAAAUAAGAUACGCAUCUCGCAAAGCCAGAGCUGAUACUAGAAAAAGGGUUAAAGGUCGAUUCGUGAAAGCAGGCGAAGCCUAUGACUACGAUCCUCUCGUGACAAGAAACUUUUGAGCUAUGAUAAACAAUUUCAGCUCCUAAUUCCAAAACAUAUGUCAUAUUAAACAAGGUUGUAGAUAAAGAUGUAGCCAUAGCCAGUACAUGCUUUAUAAUCGACAGAUAGUAUCAGCAAUAAUUUGUCCAUACAGCAGUGACUCUAAAUUGCCCUGAAGAGCAAUGGUGAAAGAUUUUCAGAUAGGAGGAAACGAGUGGUAAAAAUCUUGAAGGACAACAUUGUUAUAUGAUGAUUUAGCCUCUUGCCUUCGCACCCACGCAAUUCAAUGGUCAAUAGGCAGAGCUACAACCCAAUUUUUUUUCGUUAGUACAUAAAUAAGAUUAUUCUGUUUUCACUCCCACGUAAUCUGUUUUGGUCACUUUUGGAAGAGUUCAUAGUCUCUGAGAGUCUAAGAAAAACAAUUUUGGUUCUUAGUAUAUAACUUCACCCUCUUUUAUUCAGUUACUAAUUUUUGCAUUUUGUGCUCAGAAAACACCAGCCAGAGAAAUUUUCCAGCAAACAUCGACU